CCUGCUGGGAACGACAUUCCGCAGUUUUUAGGUUGCUAAACCAAUCCUUUUAAGGUCAGCAAACACAAGCGUGGGCUCCUGGGAGGCCAUCUUUUCAGUAUUCUACCCAUAGCUGGCUUGUCUCUUCCAGAGCACCAAGGGUUCAGGAUGUUUCCUGCAAGGAAUAAAAUGCAAUCUGGGACAUCCCUGGCAGUAGUUCUCCUUUGUGUGACUGUUUUUUGCGCUAGUGGUGUCCUGUCUUGGAGGGGCGAAACGGUGCAUAAACUGGCAGACUGGAAGCUCUGUGCUGAUGAAGAAUGCAGCCAUCCGAUUUCAAUGGCUCGAGCACUCGCUGAUUACACCAGUCCAGACUGUAGAUUCAUCAACAUCCAUCAAGGGCAGAUUGUUUAUGUGUACGGAAAACUCAAAGGCAGAGGACGCAAUUUCUGGCAAGGCACUGUCCAAGGUGAUUAUUAUGGGUCGCAGUCAACUGUUCUUGGAUUUUUCCCAAAGUCAGUGGUGCAGGAGGUCCAACACCUGGUGACGGAUGUGAUGGAGCUACCAACAGUGGACUGGGAUUUCCAUUGUUAAGAGGAUCCUUCCAGAACACCAAACUAAACUGCAUUAUGUAGAAUGAGAAGACUAGAAUACCGUGUGAAAGAGACACCUCUUUUUCCUUUAUUAGGGGAGAGAGAGAGCCUGUGGUAUGUCGAGUACCAGGUGAACAAGUAGUCUUUGGGGUAUUGUAAGUCUGUUUUUACUGUUGCUUUGCUCAUGCUUGAGUGCUCAGAGGCAGUGCCAAUGCUUUUUUUAUUGCCGGUGGGUGGGGGGGGGGGAUUGUUGCCUAC